AUGUUUGUGGAGGCGGGAGGAGACAGUUGCUGCAAUCCACAAAGCAUGGGCUACAUUAAGAAAAUAGUGGAGAAUAAAAUACCAGGGAUUUAUGUUCUGUCUCUCAAGAUUGGAAGCAACCUGAUACAGGAUAUGGAGAACAGCUUCUUUAUGAAUGUGAACGAUCAAGUGAGAGAGGUGUGCAGCCAACUUGCAAAGGACCCUCACCUGAAAGGAGGCUACAACGCAAUGGGCUUCUCCCAAGGAGGCCAGUUCCUGAGGGCGGUGGCCCAGAGGUGUCCUUCUCCUCCCAUGCUCAAUUUGAUCUCCGUUGGGGGGCAGCACCAAGGCGUGUACGGCUUUCCACGCUGUCCUGGUGAGAGCUCCCAUAUCUGUGACUGGAUCCGAAAGACGCUGGAUCUGGGCGCCUACACGCAAGCUGUUCAGGAGCACUUGGUACAAGCGGAGUAUUGGCACGACCCUCUGAAGGAGGAGGACUACAGGAAAAAGAGCAUCUUUUUGGCUGACAUAAAUCAGGAGAGGGGCAUCAAUGAGACGUACAAGGAAAACCUGAUGGCUCUGAAAAAGUUUGUGAUGGUGAAAUUUCUCAAUGACACCAUGGUCGACCCUCCGAUCUCCGAGUGGUUUGGGUUUUACAAAAGCGGCCAAGCCAAGGAGACCGUCCCGCUGAAGGAGACCUCGCUGUACACAGAGGAUCGCCUGGGGCUGCAGGAGAUGGACAAAGCAGGAAAGCUGGUGUUCCUGGGGGUGAAAGGGGAUCACCUGCACUUCUCAGAAGAGUGGUUUUACACCACUAUCCUCCCCUUCCUCCAGUGA